CGAAGAAUUAAAUUGUCAGUCAUUAAGUUAUUGGAAGUAAACCGAACCUAUCUUUGGAAAUAGGGAGCGCAAAAGGUUUUUGAGUUACAAGUUUGGCAAACGCAUUUGCACAAAUAAUGAACUCAUACUGUUAGGAUCUACAUAACAUAUAAAUGUAACGGCAUUGGAAAUUGAAGUUGACCUUGAGACGUCUGACGCUGUCGCUUGACUUUCUGAUUUGGUGUGUGAUUGUUAUUUUUAUGUGUACUAAAAUAUAACAAUCCUUGGUGGUCUGCAGAUUCCCGACUUCCUUCUUUUCCUUUGUUUUAACUCAAACUAGUUGUUCGACUCUUCAGCAUGUCGACAUCCAAUGGAGAUUACGUCAGGAUCCCACUCUCUGGGAGUUUUGAUGAUCAAGUAGACUCUGAGCCUCACGGAAAUUUGGAGCACGAGACGGACGUUGGAGACAAACAGACGGAUGUUAACUAUAGCCCCUUAACUAUCAAAUUCUAUCAGCAGUACUUUGAUGUCGAUACAAGUCAGGUUUUGGCUCGCCUCGCUUCUGCAAUGGUACCUAAUCCACGUACUAACUUCAUUCAAACUUCAUUGAAACCUCGUGCUGAUCUGUAUGGACCAUUUUGGAUUGCAACAACUUUAAUGUUGGCUUCUGCAAUAGGCGGAAACGUAUCAAACUAUCUGCAAUCACGUGGUGAAGUAUCUUCAUGGCAUUACGAUUUUCAAAAAGUCACUCUGACAUCCACUGUCAUUUAUGUGUACUGGUGUUUGACUCCCUUGGUACUGCACGGGCUUAUGUACUUUCGUCGUAACAGUGUCAAGUCACAGUCAAAUAAUUCUGAAAGUGAUCUUACAGACCUUCUAGAGCGUUCCGAAAGUGACUCAUCGUUUCGCAAUUCGAAGCGUGCUAGUAAAUUUUUCGACAUUUUGUCGACCUAUGGUUAUUCAUUGACAAUUUUCGUUCCUGUUGCUAUUUUGUGGAUGAUUCAGAUAAACAUACUGCAAUGGAUAUUGUUUUUAAUUGCAGUAGUGGUUUCUGGAGCUUUCCUGGUGUUUACUCUAACACCUAUUAUACGCAAAGAAUACCCAAAGCUUGCCACACCAAUACUCAUUGGUCUAAUUGUCGUACAUUGUGGUUUUUCGCUAGCUUUGAUGAUUUCUUUCUUCCAUGGUUCUCCAGCUGUACAUCAUUCUGUAACUCAAACAGUAUAUACGAAUCAGCAAAACCUCAUGGAAAAUUCUAAACAAAUUUCAAACACGACCAAUUCACUUUCUCUUAAAACAAAAUCCUAA